AGGUCGUCCGGACGGUUGUUUGUUCCUUCAAGAUGAUGACUGCGAAAGAAACUCAGGAUGAAGUAGUUAUUGCUUUUACAUUAAAUGUCGAAUUUUAGCUGGACCGAAGACAACGCUGCAAUUUCAAAUUGGGAAACAACUCAUAACCGUAUUCACGAGUUAUUAUGUGGUGUUCAUUCAACUGAAGAGAUUAAACACUCUAUUGAAAAUCUAUUCAACAAGUUUUUACUUUCGAAAUCUGACAAUUCAAGUACUCACCUUUAUCAGUUUAAUGAGAACAAUAAGUUUAUGGAUACUUUCAAAGGGAAUAUUUUACUUUUAUGGAAUUAAAUCUGUAUAGACGAUAUUGUAUCAUACAAUUCAUCCUUUUAUUAGAUCUAAAUUACAUUUCUGAACGCCUUUUAUUCAUUUUGUACAAUAAUGAUCUGGAUCAUGUAAAUUGGUCUCAUAUUCUUCAACUGAUAUCUGUUAUGAUAACAUGCAUUAGGCGAGGUGUAUCCACUGUUAAAUUUAUCAUCCAUCAACUUCUAUUGUCUUUAUUCAAUUCAAACAUGAAUUAUAGCAAUAAUGAUAAUGUUGAAUUAGAUUGUUUGCAUUUAUUAGAUGAUGUAUUUAUUCAUAAAAGUCAAGUAGAUCUUUUAAAAUCAAAUAAACAUGAUAAACAAUUAUUCAUAGGAGUUUUAUUGAUUGCACGUCAAUUAUGCUCAGAAGAUUAUCGAUUAACUGGGAUAAAUUAUAAACAAUGGUGGAUAGAAACAUUUUGUAAUCCAUUACUAUCAACACAUAAUAGUAAUAAUAAUACACAGAAUGUACUUUCAUCACGUUGUGCUGUAGUUUAUUUUUGUGAUUUACUCAUUGAACUAUUACCUUGGGAAACAGAUCCAAAAUUUCUACAAAUUCAAGUCAACACUCAACCUAAUUGGUUUAAUCCUAUAAAAAGAUCAACGAAUAAUAAUCGAAUCAAAAUUCAUACUGAUGAAAUUCGUGCAAAACCGACUGAAGUAGUUAUGUCAUUCGAUGAAGAUGAGUUAAUAAUCCCAAUUGAUUUGGAAUGUACAAAUAUGAUAACUGAUAAUAAUAAUCAUAAUACCUACAAUGAAUCUUGUAUAAAUCGAUGGAAUGAUUAUUGUGAAAUCGCACAAGGACGACUAGCUGAAUUAAGGGAACACUGUUGUGCAACAAAAACGGUCACAACGGAUAAAAAAAUCUCUGAUUGCCCAAAUGUUUAUACUACUCCAGGAUGGUGUGAUGUUCUAAAUUGGCUGAAUGAAAUCGCGACACAACAUACUGUUGAUAAUUGUAGUGGUGAUAUUUCUAAAUGUCGAUUACCGUCCGAAUGGAAUGAAGUAAAUCUGUUUCGUCCACGUUGGCUUCGAUCUACACUGAUUCCAGCUUUAUUAAAUGCACCUGAAAUAGAACAUUUAUCAACUGAGUUAAAAUUUGCACGUGAACAAUUGUUACAGGGGAUACGUUCAGCUGGUCUAUCGCAUUUAUUGAAUCCUAAAGAAGAAAACACUUCUACCAUAAAGACGAUUACAAAAACAACAACAACGACGAAGAAGGAGAGGAAAAAACGACCAACAUGUUCAACACAAAGAUCUUCAAUAACUAAACAAUACAAAAUGUCUAAUAAAAUUAAAUUCCACAAUUAAACAAAUAAAAAUUGAUGGCAGUCUCAUGAAUACUUAAAGCAAAUUAGAUAAGAAAGCUGAAUAGAUUGAAAGAGGAAAAGUAAGAAUAAGCUAACUGAUAACUUAGUUAUUCUUAUUUAUUAUCAUAAUAAUAAAUAGAAC